UCAAGCAUUGCGCAUUGCCAUCACGUGGGCGGAAGCAGCCCACCGCCUGCGCGUCGCUGCGUGGAGCGAUGGUGCUUCCCAUCCCCAAUGUGCCCAUGCCCGAUGGCCCCCUACCGGACGAAUGUCAACCCAACGUCCGACGCCUCAAGUACUCCAUCCUCGCGAUGAUCUUCUUCGCCAUCGGUCGGGCGGCAUGCGCCGUGGCGCUGGGCGCGGUGUCCUUCGACUUCUUCGCGUUGCUGAACAUCUUCCUGAGCAUCACCAUGGGCACCUUCAUGCUGAAGGAUGAUGAGCAUUUGCAGAGGUUCUACGAGUGCUUGGCCCAGACGAUUUGCCAAGUGUGUGCGGAUGCCGGUCAGGGAGGAAUGCAAUGCUUGAUCCCCUUUAUGAUCAUGACCCUGCUGAAUGUGUUGAUUGACUUCUUUCAGCGCAUGCCCUUCCUCUCCAUCAUGCCCUAUGGCCUUUUCCUCGCUGGAUCCGAGCUUUCGCAGGCCUGUGCGGUCUACUUUGCUUGCUCCAUCUACCAGCAGAUCCGUGUCCCGCCCGGUGGCAUGGAGAUGGGUUUGAGCGGCGGCUACAACUACGACCGGGUGCAGCGGAGCGACGCGCCGGCGCAGCAGGGCUUCCACGACGCGCGGGCGGAGAGCACGCAGCCGGGCCACUUCGCCAUCUUCCAGGGACAGGGCCAAAGAUUGGGCUCCUGAGAUGGGCGAGCGAAGCACCGAAGAAGGGGGUUGAAGCCACGGUGGGACGCCUAGGGCGGCUCGCCAUGUGGCAGACAUGAAGAAAAGGGACCUGGCC